GUUCAUAUGUGUUUUUUUGUAUUACCUUUUAUAACUAUACUGAAACACAUCUGCUGGGCUUUUUUGUGAAAUGCUGCAUGCGAAUGACAGAAGGAAACGCUUUCUGUUUGCUAAAAAGACAUGACAAGAAUGCAGAGAUGCAUGUCAUGUCUCACUGAUCUUGAAUCUGGUCGCUUGAUUACCCUCUCCGUCUGUAGGAAUGUUGCUGCCGUUGAAUCUGCGCACCGCUGUGCUUUGUGGCUAUCGGACCGUGUGCCAUGGACCGUCGUGGAGGACAGUCGUACAGCAUAAUCCUAGAUGUCGACUGUGGCUUGUGCGAAGGGGUCAAAGCAAUGCUGUGUCAGAAGCCGGUGUCCAUCCUGCAACAGUUCCUAAUGCUACCACAAAUCGUAUAGUGGGGAGAUGGCUUAUAGCAUGUAGUGGGAUGGUGGCUGGUGCAGUUGUACUUGGAGGUGUCACAAGAUUGACUGAGUCUGGUCUGUCCAUGGUUGACUGGCACCUGAUCAAAGAAAUGAAACCUCCAAGUUCACAGGCAGAAUGGGAAGCAGAGUUCCAGAAGUACCAGCAGUUUCCAGAGUUUAAGAUUCUUAACCACAGCAUGACCCUCUCAGAGUUUAAGUUUAUUUGGUAUAUGGAAUAUUCUCAUCGCAUGUGGGGCCGUCUUGUUGGUCUGGCCUACAUUUUGCCAACUGUUUACUUCUGGAGGCGUGGAUAUCUGAAUCGUGGAAUGAAGGCAUGUGCUCUUGGUCUUUGUGGCUUUGUUGUCUUUCAGGGUCUUCUUGGUUGGUACAUGGUAAAAAGUGGCCUAGAAGAGAAACCAGAGUCCUAUGAUGUUCCGCGAGUCAGUCAGUACCGCUUGACUGCACAUUUAGGCUCAGCACUUGUCCUUUACUGUGCAAGUUUGUGGACUGGUCUUACAUUAAUGCUGCCUCAACAAAAGUUGCCAAAUGCACAACAGAUUGCUUGGCUCAGGAGAUUUGCUCAUGGGACUGGAGGACUUGUUUUUCUUACUGCACUCUCAGGUGCCUUUGUUGCAGGCCUGGAUGCUGGUUUGGUAUACAACUCUUUCCCCAAGAUGGGCAACUAUUGGAUACCAGAUGACCUGUUGUCUUUUUCUCCUACACUGAAGAAUUUUUUCGAGAAUCCUACAACAGUGCAGUUUGAUCAUCGAAUUCUAGGCAUAAGCUCGGUGACCGCCAUUACAGCACUUUGCCUAUAUGCACGAAGAAUCCCUCUCCCUGGGAGAACAAGACUGGCUCUUAAUUCUUUGUUGGCCAUGGCAUAUAUGCAGGUUGGCCUGGGGAUCUGCACAUUACUGUUCUAUGUCCCAACACCUUUAGCAGCUACGCACCAAUCUGGAUCCUUGGCACUACUCUCACUGGCAAUCUGGGUACUUGCAGAGUUGAGAAAAGUUGCGAAGUAAAGAAAAAUGCACUGUCCAUAACUGGCAUCCACCCUUUCUCUUUUUGUACUUGGGACACUUGUGUUUACAACUUAUUUAUAUUUUAAGUGAAAGGAUUAUUCUCAAGGCUACCUACAUACAGAGUCUACAAACUCUUCUGCUGGUCGUGUGUAAGAAAUAUGCUAACUGCUUUGCUUAUGUCUUUUAAAAUAAUUAUACAAACCUGCAUCUGGGACAUUCCAAACCGUGAUAAUGUCUUUGAUCCAUCAUCUUUUGUACAGUGGUGGCUCUUAAAACAACUCUAUUUUCAUCAAUAUAACUUUCUACUUUAAGGGAUUAUGUGAACUUUAAAAAAUGCACUUUCCCAGUAUUUUGCAAGUCACUAGAAAUGGAUGCAGUACAGCUGACAGAGCUAGCCUAUAGAUUUUGCAAAAUGUAAAAUUUGAUAUUGCAUUAAAUUACAUUUUAUUUGUAGUUCACAAACCAAAAAACUCUUCUUCAAUGAAAUUGUUUACAUUUUUUUUUUUUUUUUAAUACUAGGGUCAGUACUUUUGUGACACCACUGUCACAGUCCAUUCAAAGUAUGGUGAGAUAAUGCACUUAAUGAUUGUUGUUUAAAACACCAAAUUCUCUUUAAUUAAACAAUGCUGUGCUUAAUACAUUAUUGUAUUCAUAUGUCACAUUUUUCAUUUUGUGUCUUCAGUUGUACAUUUUACUGUAGUGGUGGGUAAAGAUUACUAAUUUUCUUUUUCCCUCCUUA